AUUGCGUAGCUAUGAGAAUUUAGAUACACCUUUUAAUUAAAAUAGUUAUUAAUCACAUAAACUUUAGAGAAUAAUUUUGAUAUGCAGCAAAGAAUAAUUAGAAAUAAAGCAAUGUAUCCCACACUUUUUUUUCCUUUUCCACAUAAGUCAUAUACUUAACUUUGCACACAAAAAUUUCUAAACAAGGCAAAGUAAUGAGAUUUCUUAACAAGCCAUUUCUGGUUCCCAUACUUAUUAUUACACCUUUGAUUUUAUUAUCAACUCUUCUUUUACCAUUGAUUUCUCAUGGCUCUUCUCAUGCUACCAUCAAUGGCUACUAUUCGGAUGAUUCUGUUGCGAACGACACAAGUCAAUUGCAGGGACAUGGGCAAGAAAUGUUGAAUACUAAAGAAUCUGAUGAAGUUAGUAUUAUUGCCAAAGAAAAAGUUGUUAAAAGAUACAGCAAGUUAGAGAAAUUAGAAGCGGGUUUGGUUCGAGUUAGGUCUUCCAUACGAGAAGCUGCUCGAGUUCGGAACCUGACAUCGGUUCAUAACGAUUCAGAUUAUGUGCCUCAAGGUCCAAUCUAUAGAAAUGCCAAUGCCUUCCACAGGAGUUAUUUGGAGAUGGAGAAACGAUUCAAAAUAUACGUAUACGAAGAAGGCGAGCCACCAAUGUUUCACGACGGUCCAUGCAAGAGCAUUUACUCUUCAGAGGGGCGGUUCAUUCAUGAGUUAGAAAAGGGCAAAUUAUAUCGAACCAGUGACCCACACGAAGCUUCGGUUUAUUUUCUACCAUUUAGUGUGGUACGGAUGGUUCAGUAUCUUUACGAGCCGGAGUCUCAUGAGACUCGUGCCAUUGGUCGAGCCAUUGUUGACUACAUUGAUGUGAUUUCUAUGAAAUAUCCCUUUUGGAAUCGGAGCCUUGGUGCUGACCAUGUUAUGCUCUCUUGCCAUGAUUGGGGGCCAAUUGCAUCUUCUUAUGUUCCAAAUUUAUUUAGCAAUUCUAUAAGAGUUCUAUGCAAUGCAAACACUUCUGAAGGGUUCAACCCUACCAAAGACGCCUCAUUCCCCGAAAUACAUCUCAAAACCGGCGAUAUAACCGGACUUCUUGGCGGUCUUUCCCCUUCCCGGCGACCGAUUCUCGCGUUUUUCGCAGGUCGGCUGCACGGACACAUCAGGCAAAUAUUAUUAAACCAAUGGCAAAAUAAAGACCAAGAUAUCCUAGUAUAUGAUCACAUGCCUAAUGGUAUAUCAUAUGAGUCGAUGUUAAAAAAGAGUAGAUUUUGCCUAUGCCCUAGUGGAUAUGAAGUGGCAAGUCCAAGAAUUGUGGAAGCAUUAUAUACAGAAUGUGUGCCUGUCUUGAUUUCAGACAACUAUGUUCCACCUUUUAGUGAUGUCUUAAAUUGGAAAGCAUUUUCAGUGCAAAUAAAAGUGGAAGAUAUUCCUAAAAUUAAGGAUAUUUUAAUGGGUAUUUCUCAAAGUCAAUAUUUGAGAAUGCAAAGGAGAGUGAAGCAAGUUCAAAGACAUUUUGUAGUUAAUGGACCUCCUAAGAGAUUUGAUGUUUUUCAUAUGAUUGUUCACUCUAUUUGGCUUAGGAGAUUGAACAUUCAUAUUCAAGAUUUCUCAUAUUAAUUUUGUUAUUUUUUUGCUGUAGUUUCUUUUUAAUUUUUAAGAAUAAUUGCUAUAGACUUUAUAUGUUGGUCA